ACGAUCAGACCGAUAAUGUCUUAAAAAGAGAAAGAGAGUCUACAUUUUGGGUUUCUUCUUCCUGUAUGGACUAUUUCUGGAUGCAGAACCUUAAAGCAUCAUGUUGACUGUCCAUAAAAUGCAUUUUAGCAUCUUCUUGCUGUUGUGGGGAUGGGUUUUAUGCACUGAAUGCAGAGUCCACCGACAAGGAAAGGAAAUACAUGAGGUAUACAAGAAAGGCAGCCCAAUUCUAAAACGAAGCCCUGACAUCACCAAAUCUCCCGUGACAAAGUCAGAGCAGCUGCUGCGAAUAGACGACCAUGACUUCAGCAUGAGGCCGGGUUUUGGAGGCCCUGCAAUUCCUGUUGGGGUAGAUGUCCAAGUUGAAAGUCUGGAUAGUAUUUCUGAAGUGGAUAUGGACUUCACCAUGACCCUUUAUCUGAGGCACUACUGGAAAGACGAGCGGCUCUCCUUCCCCAGCACCAACAACCAAAGCAUGACGUUCGACGGYAGGCUCGUGAAGAAGAUCUGGGUCCCCGACAUGUUCUUCGUGCACUCCAAGCGCUCCUUCAUCCACGACACCACCACUGAUAACGUCAUGCUGCGGGUCCAGCCAGAUGGGAAGGUACUUUAUAGUCUCAGAGUGACAGUAACAGCAAUGUGCAACAUGGAUUUCAGCCGCUUUCCCCUGGACACACAAACGUGUUCCCUGGAGAUUGAGAGCUAUGCCUACACUGAGGAUGACCUCAUGCUGUACUGGAAGAAUGGGAACGAUUCCCUAAAAACAGACGAGAGGAUAUCUCUGUCGCAGUUCCUGAUCCAGGAGUUCCACACCACCACAAAGCUCGCCUUCUACAGCAGCACAGGAUGGUACAACCGCCUCUACAUAAACUUCACCUUGCGCCGACACAUCUUCUUCUUCCUGCUCCAAACCUACUUCCCUGCCACUCUCAUGGUUAUGCUGUCCUGGGUGUCCUUCUGGAUCGACCGCCGAGCGGUACCGGCCCGAGUCCCGUUAGGGAUAACCACUGUGCUGACCAUGUCUACRAUCAUCACGGGAGUGAACGCCUCCAUGCCCCGGGUCUCCUACAUCAAAGCUGUGGACAUUUACCUGUGGGUCAGCUUCGUGUUUGUCUUCCUCUCCGUGCUGGAAUACGCGGCAGUGAAUUACCUGACUACAGUGCAGGAACGGAAGGAGAGGAARCUCCGGGACAAGCUCCCGUGCGCGUGCAGCCUCCCGCAGCCGCGGCCCAUGAUGAUGGACGGCAGCUACAACGAUGGAGACGUGGGCGAGCUGGGGCACUACGUGUCCGAGAACGGCGACAAGCAGGACAGGAUGAUGGUGCAGCUGGCGCUGGGCUCCGAGAGGGGCUCCAGCAGGAGGAAAAACCAGAGAUACGUCAGCAUGCGCAUCGACACUCACGCCAUUGACAAGUACUCCAGGAUCAUAUUCCCUGGGGCUUACAUCCUAUUUAACUUGAUAUACUGGUCCAUUUUUUCAUAAACAUGUGUAACUUCUGUAUUCACAGAGCACUGUGUCAUUAUACAUGAAAAAUGCAGUCUCACAGGCUAACAGAAAGAAAUGUUUUAAUUUGAAGAAAAAUCGAUUGUUUCCAGACUUUCUAUUGCUUUUUUUUACUAUAUAUGUCUCAUCUGUGGCAUAAAUAUCUCUGUGCAAGUUUCACAUUUGAGCUAAAUAUAGGAUAUACAGUCCAACAUUUUCUACUKAAAGCCGUGCUAUGUUCCUUCUUGUGC